AUGUCAACUAAGAGACACACCAAGAGCCAAUCGGCCUACGCCUUUGACAACACCGCCACCAAUGUUGCAGCGUCCCAAAUGCGGAAUGCUUUGAACAACUUGGCAGACACCGUGCAAGACGUUGAGGAAAAGAACCGCUUUGAGAACGAAAUGGACAAUUUCUUCUCCUUGUUUAGAAGAUACUUGACGGAAAAGGCUGCAGGAACUACUUUGGAGUGGGACAAAAUCAGAUCGCCCUCGGCCGACGAGGUUGUUGCCUACAAGCAAUUGGAAGAUGCUACGCCCGAUUUGACCAAGUUGGCGGUGUUGAAAUUGAACGGAGGCUUGGGUACUUCCAUGGGUUGUGUUGGCCCCAAGUCGGUCAUUGAGGUUAGAGACGGCAACACCUUUUUGGACUUGUCGGUGAGACAAAUUGAACAUUUAAACAGGAAAUACGACGCCGACGUGCCAUUGUUGUUGAUGAACUCGUUCAACACCGACGCCGACACCGCCAAGAUCAUCAAAAAGUACCAAGGCCACAGAAUCAGAGUCAAGACGUUUAACCAAUCGAGGUUCCCCAGAAUCUACAAGGACUCCUUGUUGCCCGUGCCUGAAUCUUACGAUUCCUCGCUCGAGAGCUGGUACCCCCCAGGCCACGGUGACUUGUUCGAGGCCUUGGUCCAGUCGGGCGAGCUCGAUGCAUUGUUGGCCCAGGGAAGAGAGAUUUUGUUUGUCUCCAAUGGGGACAAUUUGGGGGCAACGGUAGAUACCAAGAUUUUGGCCCACAUGUUGGAAACCGGCGCCGAAUACAUCAUGGAGUUGACCGACAAGACCAGAGCCGACGUCAAAGGUGGUACGUUGAUCAACUACCAAGGCGAAGUGAGAUUAUUGGAAAUUGCCCAAGUGCCCAAGGAACACGUUGAAGAGUUCAAAAGUAUCAAGAAGUUUAAAUACUUCAACACCAACAAUUUAUGGAUCAACUUGAGGGCCAUCAAGAGAUUGGUUGAAGCCAAUGCCAUCGAAGCGGAAAUCAUCCCCAAUCAAAAGAUUAUUGGCAACGACGUCAAUGUCUUGCAAUUGGAAACAGCCGUUGGUGCCGCGAUUAGACAUUUCAAAGGUGCUCAUGGGGUAGUUGUCCCUAGAUCAAGAUUCCUUCCCGUCAAGACGUGUUCCGACCUCUUGUUGGUCAAAUCGGACUUGUUCUACUUGGAGCACGGUGCAUUGAAACUCGAUCCUACAAGAGAUGGUUUUUCCAACCCAUUGAUCAAAUUGGGUUCGCAUUUCAAGAAAGUCAGCGGGUUCCAAUCGAGAAUCCCCCACAUGCCAAAGAUAUUGGAGUUGGACCACUUGACAAUAACCGGUAACGUUAGCAUCGGCAAAGGUGUUCAAUUGAAGGGAACUGUGAUCAUUGUGUGUAAUGACGGCGACAAGAUUGACAUUCCAAACGGAUCCAUUUUGGAGAAUGUUGUGGUCACUGGUAACUUGACCUUGUUGGAACACUGA